UAUAAAAAUUUGUCGCUUUCGAUAUACUAACAUUGAGAUCGGUCCAUAAAGUCAAUUACAGUAAGCUAGCAUUCCAAAUACUUUAUAACAUAAUUAAGCAUUAUUUUUUCCAUUUCGCGAUGAAUGGCGUGUAUUACUGAACCUUUCGUAUCACAGCGUAACAGCCCUGGAUAUUAGUGAUGUAUCAAGGAGGAAGUUUGAAAGUUCUAAAGCUUGAAUGCUCUUUCCAAAAUAACGCAUGGGGGAAAUUAGGCAGUGAAAGCAUGGUAGUUCGACUUGUAAAAUCUGCAGAUGAUAGUUUUAAUAUUGAUGAAAAUGAACACUAUGCGGAGCUAUGGAUGGGGACGCACCCAACCUGUCCAUCUGUUUGUUAUUAUAACGGUGAACGAAAAGAAUCUCUAGAACAUUGGCUGAGACUUAAUCCUAGUGCUUUUGGGUCGGAGAUGGACCAACAUAGUGAUGGACAGUUACCUUUUCUAAUGAAAGUGCUUUCAAUACGGAAUACUCUUGCAAUACAAAUACAUCCAGACAAGGUUUCAGCACAGAAGUUACACCAGGAGAGACCAGACAUCUACAAGGAUCCAAAUCAUAAACCAGAAAUGGCCAUAGCUCUAACUCCAUUCAAAGCGAUGUGUGGAUUCAGACCAAUUCAAGAAGUAGCAAAAUUCACAAAAAUAAAAGCCUUCAGAAGAUUAAUUGGAAGCAACAAUGCCCUGAAGUUAUCCAAGGUCAGUCAGACCGAUGACCACGUGCUACACAACCAGGCUAUGAAGGACUGUUUUACUGCUCUCAUGAAUCAAGACAAACAUAUGGUACAAAAUCAGAUUGGUAUACUUUUAAAAACCAUCCAGGACAAAGAAUUAUCUGGACAGAAUGUGCAAUAUUAUAUUCCUGACAUCAUCAAUAAGAUAAACACAGAAUACCCAGGCGAUGUUGGAAUAUUCGCCAUUUACUUCCUAAAUAUUGUAGAUUUACAACCGGGAGAAGCAAUAUUCAUUGAUGCUAAUAUACCUCAUGCUUACAUAUAUGGUGAUUGCUUAGAGUGUAUGGCAUGUUCACACAAUGUAAUCAGAGCUGGAUUGACCUUCAAGUAUCGAGAUGUUAAUACUUUCUGUAAUACUGUUAACUAUACCGGGCGAUCUGCUGAGGAUAUGAAACUACCGUCUAAUCAAAUACAAUUAGAAAUUGGAAUAUCUGAAACAAAAUUUCAACCGCAUGUUCCUGAUUUUGCUGUUUCGGUUAUAAAGAUAUUAUCGGGAAAUAAAACUGUUCAUCUUACUGCUAUUGACAGUGCAAGCAUAUGUUUGGUAUAUACCGGCGAAGGUCAGGCAUCCAGCAGUUCAUUAACCGAACCCAUAAAACUGAAGACGGGAAUAGUUUUUUUCAUUGCUGCUUGUCAUACAGUCAGCGUUGAUGUACAGUCAAACGACAUGACGAUAUUCAGAGCUUGUUAUAACACUUCAGAAACGUUUUCAAAAGUCGCCAGUGCCUUCUGAACGGAAGUGUGAAUAAUUACAUUUUAGAAAAUGUAAUUUUUGUUUUGAGUUAAAA